AUGUGGGACAUUGAGGUAUGCAAUUUGUUGAAAACUUCACUACCAGAUGAUGCCAAUCAAAGCAGGAUUCUGUUCACCAGCAGAUUUCAGAAUCUGUCUUUGCAAAUUAAACCUGAUAGCAAGCCUCACCAUCUUCGCUCAUUUACUGAUAAAGAGAGUUGGGAAUUGCUGCAAAUUAAGCUAUUUGGCAACGUAGGUUGUCCUCCAUCAUUAUGUGAAGUUGGAAUUCAAAUAGCAAAGAAUUGUAAGGGCCUACCUCUCUCAGUUGUCCUUGUUACUGGAAUUCUUGCGACUGCUACUCAAGAUUGUGCAAUGUGGGAAGAAGUUGCUAAAAGUCUAGGUUCCAGCAUUGUCCUUGAAGCUGAGCAGUGUAUGAAGACACUUGAGAAGAGUUACAUUCACUUGCCAGACCACUUGAAGCCAUGUCUUCUUUACUUUAGUGCAUUUCCAGAAGACAAAGACAUUCCUGUCCAAAGUUUGUUAUGGCUUUGGAUCUCUGAAGGAUUCGUGGACAAAACUGAAGGGAAAAGCUUAGAGGAUGUGGCACACAAAUACUUGAUGGACCUCAUCGCUAGAAGUUUAGUAAUGGCUACCAAACAAAGAGCUAGAGGUGGUGCCAAGGCUUGCCGAGUUCAUGAUUUGGUGCAUGAUUUUUGUAUGGCAAAAGCCAAAGAAGAAAGUUUUCUACAUACUUUACAGCAUGGUGACAUUUUCACUUAUACAGGACUAUGCAACCCCUAUCGACUGUGUAUUUACUCGCCAACUGGGUCUGAUCAAAAGUCUGUGGAGCUUGAGCAAUCAGGGCUUUAUUUUCCCUACUUACGUUCUUUGCUCUUCUUUGCUAAUGGUGCUUGGACGUUUGACGUGCUGGAUUUUUGUACAGGAUUUCGGAUGUUUAAACUUCUUAGAGUGUUAGAUUUGGGGGAACCAUUUUUUGUUGCUACCUGUUUUCCAAAGGAAGUAACAUUGCUUGUUCACUUGAGAUUGACAGCCAUAGGCAACCUGUCAAGGUUAGAAACUUUUCUGGUAAGAGGAUGCAUUACUGAUGUUCUGUUGCCAAAUACCAUCUGGAACAUCAAGACUUUGAGGCAUCUAUAUAUAACACGGUCUGAGAAAGGUUUUAGUUUUCCCAUUGACAGUAAACUUGAAGAUCGCCUGGAUUUAAAGAAUUUAGCCACUUUAGCCCUUGCAAUUGAUCCAUCUUCUCAGUCCUUGCAAAAGAUUCUAACAAAGUUACCAAGCAUCCGCAAGAUAAGAUGCACACCACUCGGAUCAAGAGAAUCUACUGGAAAUCACAAUGGGAUUUUUGUGCUGGACUAUUUGAGUCAACUAGAAUCACUUAACAUGCGUGGAUUUGUAGGAUAUGAGUUUGAAUUCCCUCUGAAUUUGAAAAAGUUGACUCUUUCAUCUAAUCAUCAGCCAUGGAGUGAGAUUUCAGUAAUUGGAAAGCUGCCAAACCUUGAAGUGCUUAAAUUAGAAAGCAGUUCGUUUGUGGGGGAAAAAUGGGAAAUGAAAGAAGGGGAGUUCUGUAGACUCAGAUUCUUGAAAUUGUUAUUGUUAGACAUACGCAUUUGGACUGCCUCUUAUGAUAAUUUUUCCUGUCUUGAGAAACUGGUUCUGCAUAUUUGUCCACAUCUAGAAGAGGUCCCUUCUUGUUUAGGGGAAAUUCCGACACUUGAAGUGAUUGAGGUGAAAUUCUGUCCUGAAUCUGCUUUAAGUUACGUCAAGCAAAUUCAGAUGGAAAUGGGAAAUGAGGGUCUCAAGAUCGUCACUGAAAGAUGUUGGUGA